GGCCGCGUCUCUCUGCAUUCUUAUACAGUACUGAUUCUUAUACCCGGCGGGGAUUGGCUGCACAUGGACUGCAAGAUCACUCACUUCGACGCAACAUAAUGGCACUCGCAGGCAGCGCAACUGCUACUCUGGGCCACGAGCUCUCAAACCCUCCCACGGACGGCAUAUCGAGUGUCAAGUUCAGUCCAGACGACCCCAGCUUGCUGCUCGUGGGAAGUUGGGAUAAGAAACUGCGACUGUACGAUGUUACAACCGACACUUUAAAACGCGAGUGGAAUCAAAAGGCCGCCACAUUGGACGUCUGCUUUUCGUCCGGGAAUCGGUGUUUUAGCGUUGGCGUGGAUAAGAAGCUGAAGAGUUUCGAUGUGAAUGCACCCGGAGAAACGGUGAUUGGGAGCCAUGACGAUGCGAUUCGGUGCGUCGUGCAUGCGCCAGAGACAGGCCAGAUCUUAACCGGAAGUUGGGACCACCACAUCGGGCUCUGGGACCCACGCACCAAUGCCUCCCUCGGCAAAUACGCCCAACCCGCCAAAGUCUUCUCCAUGGACGUAGUCGGGCACACCCUCGUCGUCGCAACCGCCGGACGGAGCCUCUUCGUCUACGACAUCCGCAACAUGAAGGAGACCCUCCAGCCACGGGAGAGCUCGCUGAAAUUCAUGACGAGGGUGUUGCGGUGUAUGCCUAACGGGGAAGGAUUUGUCAGCGGGUCGAUUGAGGGACGGAUCGCGGUCGAGUACUUUGACCCGUCGAAGGAGUCGCAGGCAAGGAAAUAUGCGUUUAAGUGCCAUCGGCAGGUGGUGGAUGACACGGAACACAUCUUCCCUGUCAAUGCGAUCGCGUUUCAUCCCAUCCACGGCACCUUCGCCUCAGGCGGCAGCGACGGCGUCGUCUACAUCUGGGACCACCUUAACAAAAAGCGCAUGCGGCAAUACCCGCGCUACCCAACCGGCAUCUCGUCGCUGGCCUUCAACUGCGACGGAUCCAUGCUGGCCGUCGCGAGCAGCUACUCGUUCGAUGAGGGCGAGAAGGAUCACCCGCCGGAUAGCGUGUUUGUGAGACAGGUGGGCGAGAAUGAGUGUAGGAGUAAGGCCAAGGUUGCGGCGUGAGUGGAGGGGAGGUGGGAGGGGUGAGAGUAGUCGCGUGGGAGAGUAUUUUCAGUAUGGGUGUAGGUGUGUGUGCCAGGGCGGGACGGUGGUACGUAGGGCGACGCACCGGGGCGGAAUACCAGAAGGAUGGUGCGAACGUAUGUAGCCUCCCCAAGUCCGCGGAGGGGAAGCCGCAAUAAUCGAGUAAUGUAUAUAGGAGGACCGAAAAUAACCUUCCGAUGGUGGUUACGGAGCCUUCACAUCUCGAAUGCAGCCAAAAAGCGGGG